AUACUCAAGGUAUAGUUUUAUGUCAGAUGCUAGAAAUUGAAUAUCAAAAAACUAAAAAUGGAAAAAAAUAUAUGCCUAAACCUAUAAGUAGAUUAAAUCUUAAUUAAAACUAAAUUAGAAUUAGUGAUAAAAUAAAGAAACAUAAAUAAUAAAAAAAAAUUAAUUAAAAUUUUUAUUAUUAUAGUCCAAUUAAAAAAAAAAAAAUUAAUAGUAAUCAAGAUAAUUCAGAGUAAUAAAAACAGGAAUAAUUAAAUCAAAAAAUAGAUUAAAGUAAUUAAUACAGUACAUUUAAUUAAUAGAUAUAAUAGAAUGACUAGGAAGCUAAUGAACACUUAAAAAUUAAAUUUAAUGAUGAAAAUUUAAAAAAUUAUGUAAAUAUUAUCAAUAAAAAUGAUAAAUAAUAAUAGAAUUUUAAUCUUAAUUAAAAUUUAGAUGUGUCUAUUAAAAAAAAUAGCAAAUAUAUAAUUAAACCAGCUAAGUUUAUUGAAGAUUAAGAAAACUUUAAUGAAUAUUAUUUGAAGUUUACUCCUGAAUAUUCUCGUAAUAAAAACUAUUUGGAAUUUUCUUCAUCUAAUACAAAAAGAUAUAGAAAAAAUUAGAUAUGUAAUAAUAAUAGUAGUUAUUACUAAAAUUAUAAUCUCCAUAAUUAAAAAUGAAUAUAAAAAAAUAUCACAAAAGACUAUAAAUAAAUAUAUAAAUUGC